GAAUUUUAUUAAAUUUGAAGAGCCGAGGAGGAAAUUCAGAGAAGUCUCAGAAGACAAAACUGCUUUUGACAGUUGAGAAAAACGGUUUGUUUCUCAGUGACGUAUGAGGCAUAUAGUUUGGAUCUCCAUGGUAUACAAAAGGCACACGGCAACUGCUUUUAAAAUACUACAUAUUGUGUGAGGGCAAACCGCAAACUCAGAAAAGUCGGCAAGAAAUAUUCAACGAGACGUUUUGAUUUUUUUCCUAUGGAUAUUCUACGAAAUAAUUCAGUUUUGACAUAUUCAUAAGGAGUUUCAUCAAAUAUCGAUGGAUUAAAAGUGUCGCCCAAACUUUAUGCUAUAUAAAUUAUUCUUUACAAAGAUAAAAAGAACUUGCGAUCUCUUUGGCUUAAAAGUUGUGAAAUUUGGGAAAUAAAGAGGCGGAUCUAAAUGACAGUGCACGGCGUGAAUGUUGUUGUGAUGAACUACAGAGGAGCGGGGUCAAACGGGGCCAGGGGUCGAGGUCAAUCAAUCAGUGACAACAGCAUGUGUAAAAUCGUUGUCCUGGGAUGCCCGGGGGUCGGAAAAACAGCUUUGACAGUGCGAUACCUGACGAAACGUUUCAUUGGAGAAUAUAGUCCGACUUUAGAAAGUAUUUACAAGUUGCAGACGACAGUUGACGAUGAUGACGUCAGACUGGAGAUCCUCGACACAGCAGGACAGGAUCAGGAAUACUGGAAAGAUGGUUAUGCUUUGUGGGCGGAUUGUUUUGUUUUUGUGUAUUCCAUUACGGACCGAAACAGUUUCGAAGAAAUAAUCAAAUUAAAACGACAAGUGGAAAAUAUCCGAAGAUCAACGAACAUUUCCGGAAUCCUUGUCGGAAACAAACUAGACCUGCUUCACGACCGACAGGUGCCCGCCUCAGACGGGACGGAACUUGCCGAUGAGAUCGGCUGUAAGUUUUACGAAGUUUCGGCCGCGGACUGGACACAAGUGUCCGACAUUGACGUCAUGUUCCAGGACUUGUUUAGGGAAUACAGGCGAGCUAAACAGGCCCGCGAAGGACGACAGAGAAAAACAAGUUCUUCUGUGAAGUUCAAGCAAGCCAUACAAAAGGUCAUUUCCGGAAAAGCGCCUGUAAAGAAAACAUUGAGUGCAUGAUUGAGUGGAGUGAAUCUAAGUUUUAUCAAACAAAUAAUUCAUCAUACUUGUAUAUGUUUUUACGAAUGAGAAUUUCUCUAGAUUUUACACUUUAUUUAAAUACAUGAAUGUUAGUGAUCUACCCCUAAAUGAAAGCAAGUUAUGCAGCCUUUUAUCAAAUUUGAAAAUGUAUUGACCCCUGUUAUAUUUUAAAAAUCCUUUAAGUGCUUGAUAUUCUGGAGGGUUGAUCCGACACCAAUUUUUCUUUUUAAUUAUGUUGUUGAAUUCAUGAGUUAAAAAAUAUGGUAUAUCAAACAACAUUCGUAUUGCCAAAUAGUUUGUACACUUUAUGAAAAAAGUAGUAUAUGUUUUGUGAAUUUACGCCAGAAAAUAUUUAUUGUACUCGUACAAUUCAUAUGUAACGAUUCUCUGUAUGAAAAUGUAGUUACUAAACUGCUCUGUGAUAUAUGUUUUUGUAUGAAGUCACAAAAUAAUAACUACUAUUCUGUUAAA